AUGAUCCCCGAGAAGAUGCGGCAGCUGCUGCCGGAGGUGGAGCUGGAUCCCAGCGUUAUCUCCGUCCUGCUCUGCAGCUCCACCGUGGCCUUCCUGGUGCUCAAGUGGAUAGUGAAGAAGCUGGUGGAGCAGAGGAUGCGGGAGGCAAGGAGGAACCGAGUGCGCGCCCUGGGACAGAUGGAAGAAGCUGUCCAGCAGUUCAAACAAGAGAACCCAGAGGUACAGGCCAGUCUCAUCCUCUCUCUGCCGCUUGUUGAGCUGGUCAAGAAACUGAAGGAAGGUUCCCUGUCACCAGAGAGCGUCCUCUACACGUACAUGGACAAGGCCUUAGAAGUGAACCAGGACGUGAACUGUGUGACGGAUUUUAUUCAGGAGUGUGUGCACCUGCUCCAGGAAGUGAGGACACAAAAGGAGAAAGGCUUGUUGUAUGGAGUUCCCGUCAGUAUCAAGGAUCCCAUUGGAUAUGAGGGUCACGUCUCCACCUGUGGCUUGGGACAGUACCUCGGCUACCCGGAGCAAGAGGACAGCGUCUUAGUGAAGGUGCUGAAGAAGCAGGGGGCCAUUCCGUUUGUGAAAACCAACAUCUCCCAGUGCUUGAUCAACUAUGACUGCAGCAACUUGAUCUUCGGCCAGACGGUGAAUCCGCUGAACCACCAGAAAAGCCCCGGCGGCUCCUCCGGAGGGGAGGGGGCGCUGAUCGCCGGAGGAGGGUCCGUCCUGGGCUUUGGGACAGAUAUAGGUGGGAGCAUCCGCCUGCCGUCCAGCUUCUGCGGGCUGUGCGGGCUCAAGCCGACGGGCAACAGGCUGAGUCCUUCCGGAGUUAGCGGCCCUGUCAGUUACGUCCAAACAGUUACAGGAAUGGUUGGGCCAAUGGCGAGGGACGUGGAUAGCCUGGCUCUGUGCAUGAGAGCGCUCCUGUGUGACGACAUGUUCCGCCUGGACCCCACCGUGCCACCCCUGCCCUUCAACGAGGAGGUGUACUCCGGUUCCACUCCCCUUCGGAUUGGGUACUACGACACAGACGGCUAUUUCCUGCUACCUCCUUGCAUGAGACGGGCUGUGCAUGAAACCAGGACGUUGCUGCAGGAGGCUGGACACAUGCUGAUCCCGUUCAUCCCCCCGCGGAUCGACUACGUCAUGAACGAGCUCUUCAUGAAGGGUCUCUUUGCCGAUGGCGGCGCUGCUUUACUUGAGAAAUUUGAACUGGACACUGUGGAUCCCAACUCCUGCUCCCAGAUCAAUUGCUACAGACUCCCCUUUCUCCUGAAGAAGAUUCUGGCUUUCCUCACCAAACCGCUGUUCCCUCGAUUCUCCAGUUAUUUGAAUGCACUGUGUGGAGUGUGGUCGCCGAAAGAAUUCUCGGAGCUGCAUGCUGCAUUGAUGAUAUACCGACGGGAAUUCCUCUCCAGAUGGAGAAACCUGGAUCUGGAUGUCAUCCUGUGUCCUGUGUUAGGCCCUGCCUUCACCCUGGGGUAUCCUGGGAGACUCAUUGCUGCUGUUUCCUCUACCAUGUUGUACAACGUCUUAAACUUCCCCGCGGGGGUUGUGCCGGUCACCACCGUUACGGAGGCUGAUGAGGAAAAUCUGAAGCAUUACACAGGGCACUACGGUGACCCCUGGGAUAGGAGACUGAGGCAGGCUGUGGAAGGAGCCGUGGGGCUGCCCGUGGCGGUGCAAUGCGUGGCUCUGCCAUGGCAGGAGGAGCUGUGCCUUCGGUUCAUGAAGGAGGUGGAGAGACUGGCCCAGGGGCAGAAAAAGCAAACUGAGGAUAACUUACAGCGUGGAGGAUCCCGGGCUGAUGUGGCAAAACAGCGGGCGGAUCAGAAUUUCCCACCUCACAGCGGGUGA